CCCAGGCUUUACUGCGUGAUAUUUAGAACUCGCUGAAGUCGCUUGCUGGGUCAGUCGGUGCGGAGUGGUGGCCGGCGAGGGUCAGUUGUAGCCAGUGUCGCAGCGCCAUGUCUUUCUGCUCGUUCUUUGGCGGGGAGGUCUAUAAGGAUCACUUCCAGAACGGAAUAUAUGUAUGCUCCAAGUGCGGCUAUGAGCUCUUCUCCAGCCGAACCAAAUUCGAGCAUUCUUCUCCGUGGCCGGCUUUCUCAGAACCCAUCCACGAAGACAGCUUGUCGAAAUACGUGGAGCGCCCGAACGCCCUGAAGGUCUCCUGCGGGAAGUGCGGGAAUGGACUGGGCCAUGAAUUCCUAAACGACGGGCCGAAGAAGGGGCAAUCCCGCUUCUGAAUAUUCAGCAGCUCGCUGAAAUUCGUUCCCAAAGACAAAGUCGACGGGAGCGCGAAGUGAGAGUAAAGACCGGGAGAAUGUAAAGAUCGCUUGGACCGCUGCGUAGUCUGACGCCGGAUGAAUUGCCCCGAGAUAAAGCCUUUUCUGGACGUCUGGGGCGACGAGGAUCACGCGUCGGACUGCGAUGGGGUCCGGGGCUUUCUGCUGCUGCACGCUUGUAAUUUCGAUGGUUACGUUUCACGGUCCGCAGCGAUCUCACACCUGAGGACGCCGGUACCACAAUUUAUUUUAAUUUAAUUUAAAUGGAUGAAUGUUGGCUAAUGACCUGGUUGAACUCAGGUGGAUCCAUUCUUGGUACAUGCUGUUGUGAUCAUAAUUCUUCUUGGGUUGCCGACUUGGCCGUAUC